CAAAACAUGAUGUACCAAGCUGCCUAAUGAGAGUCCUUUUUAAUCUAUGGACUACAUUUUUUAUAAAAAAAAAAUAGAACCGAGAUGAAGGUCCAGAGAAAGAAUGAGUCAGCUCUGGAAUGUUAAUUCCUUUCACAUCAAUUGUAAGCUAGUGCCUGAGAGAAGAAUCCUAUCAUGGAGAGAGCACCACUCAAAGUUACAGUUUUACUUAGGACUAAUGAUUCCAGAAGGGCUUCGUGUAUGGAGUUCCUGCCUUGGAGGUAGCAGAAUAUUCAGCAGAAGAAAAGAUGAAAAGGAGUAUGCACUGAAGCAAAUUGAAGGUACAGGGAUAUCGAUGUCGGCCUGUAGAGAGAUUGCACUUUUACGAGAAUUGAAGCAUCCCAAUGUGAUUGCAUUACAGAAGGUUUUUCUUUCUCACAGUGAUAGAAAGGUUUGGCUGCUGUUUGAUUAUGCCGAACAUGAUUUGUGGCAUAUUAUCAAGUUUCACCGUGCCUCAAAAGCAAAUAAAAAGCCCAUGCAGUUGCCAAGAUCCAUGGUUAAAUCACUGCUCUACCAGAUCCUUGAUGGAAUCCAUUACCUCCAUGCAAACUGGGUGCUUCACAGGGACCUAAAACCAGCAAACAUUCUGGUAAUGGGAGAAGGUCCUGAAAGAGGAAGAGUCAAAAUAGCUGACAUGGGUUUUGCCAGAUUGUUCAACUCGCCUCUGAAACCUUUAGCAGAUUUGGAUCCAGUUGUGGUAACAUUCUGGUAUAGAGCUCCAGAACUGUUACUUGGCGCCAGACAUUACACAAAAGCAAUGGAUAUAUGGGCAAUUGGGUGUAUAUUUGCUGAGCUAUUGACUUCAGAACCUAUUUUUCACUGUCGUCAGGAAGACAUCAAAACAAGCAAUCCUUUUCAUCAUGAUCAGCUAGAUCGCAUUUUUAGUGUAAUGGGAUUCCCAGCAGAUAAAGACUGGGAAGACAUAAGGAAGAUGCCAGAAUAUCCCACACUUCAAAAAGACUUUAGGAGAACAACGUAUGCCAAUAGUAGCCUCAUAAAAUACAUGGAGAAACACAAAGUCAAGCCUGACAGUAAAGUUUUUCUUUUGCUUCAAAAGCUUCUUACCAUGGAUCCUACGAAGAGAAUUACCUCAGAGCAGGCUUUGCAGGAUCCCUAUUUCCAGGAGGAUCCAUUGCCUACAUCAGAUGUAUUUGCUGGUUGCCAGAUUCCUUAUCCAAAACGAGAAUUCCUCAAUGAGGAUGAACCUGAAGAGAAAGGAGAUAAGAAUCAACAGCAGCAGAAUCAGCAUCAGCCACAAGCUGCACCCCAAGCAGCACCUCAGCAACAGCAGCAGCAACAGCAGAACAGUACCCAGACAAAUGGGACUGCAGGAGGAGGUGGAACAGGAGGAGGAGGCACUGGGGCAGGACUCCAGCACAGCCAGGACUCCAGCCUCAAUCAGGUGCCUCCAAAUAAGAAACCACGCAUAGGGCCUUCAGGCACUAACUCAGGCGGGCCUGUCAUGCCUACAGAUUAUCAGCACUCCAGUUCACGCCUGAGUUACCAAAGCAACAUUCAGGGAUCUUCUCAGACCCAGAGUACAAUGGGCUAUUCCACAUCAUCUCAACAGAGCUCUCAGUAUCAUCAGUCUCAUCAGUCCCAUCGGUACUGAGACCUAAUAGACUAUAUUUAGAAAGGAAUGGACUAAAAGGCAAAAGACUCCAGCAAUAUGAAGUUCCUAACAAUGAGAAGAACCAAAAAUGCAAACUGUGAUACAAAUUUAAAAUUCACAAUUUUAAAAGGAAAACUUUAUUUACUGAAGAUUUUGUUUUUCAAUGACACUGUUCCUUCUUUAUUGCCAUAAAGGAGAUUCUUGUGAAGUUGCCCCCCACACUUCCCUCGCAUGUGUUCCAUUGUGGUUACUAUAAUGAAACCGUCUGAUCUGAACCCAGCACUUAACUUCUUUAACUUUUGGAAUUUUUGAAGGAUUCCUGGUGCACCUUUUUCAUGCUGUAGUAAUCGCCAUAAAUCUAUCUUUUCAAAUCUCUUUAAUGGGAUUUUAAAGUUUUAAAAUCUUGAACUCCCAGGCUUUCAAGCUUGUAUAUAGUUAGUUUUAUACUAGGCAAACCAGUUUAGCUAUACAGGUAUAAUGCACCUUUUUAAAGCACUAUGUUUUUUUUCACGGGAUAUUACUGUUUUCCUCAUGGAUGUCAAGAACAGCAAAUUUUACUGUUCCAGAGUAUUUUACUAUUCUGUUUAUAUUAUUCUAGUUUUCAGGCAAGGUCUUAGGAGGGAAAAACAAACAAACAAAAAACCAACCCAGGUCUCUGCAGCAGCUAAUGUGCUUCAUGGUACUGGAGUGAACACCAGACAAAAGAUUGUGAAUGUUUCUUAAAUCUUUCUUAUUGAAUCCCAUGCAUAUUAUCCCCAUGUUCAGAGUAGUGGUGGAUAAAGCAUUAUUUCAUACUACUUACAUGAAAA